AUGGCUCCACGACCUGCCAAACGGCAGCGCAGAUCUACCAUUAUCCUCUCCGACGAUAGCGACGACGAUUUUGAGGUGCCUUCUUCGAAAGCCCCGAAGGCUGCCCAGCGUGAGAUUACCCUUGAUGGAAAGACUUCCCUGACAACAUCACCGGCCAAAGCGGGCAAAGGGAGGCCGACGACGCGACGAGCCGCUCCCAAACCAUCCCCCAAGUCUUCUCCGGAGAAAGCAAGAAAGAGUACCAAACCUACCGAGCCCGAGAAGUCCAAAUCGUUACAUUCCUUCUUCGGCAAGAUCAGUGAAGAAGAGAGAUGGAGGAAGAAGUCGGCCACACCAGAAUUGGACUGGGCGAAUGGAGAGCUGGACGAUGCCAUAGAAGACGAUGAACUAUCCGACAAAACGCUACAGGAACUCGGGGUCAAGACAGACAAUGCAAGCGUUUCAUCUGGCAGACUGAAACCUCAACCUCUCGCACCUCCCAUAACUAAACAAAAGGGUGAGGCCAAUGGAGGAAGUCUAGCACCAAGCCAGCGAUUCUUCAAGCCGGCAACUUCUGGUCGACCGACUACUAGUACCCGAGCAGAUAAGCCGCAACCUGUCGCCGAGCUUCACCAUCUACCGUGGGCUGAUCGAUAUGGACCCAGCAAUCUUGAAGAGCUGGUCGUGCACAAGAAGAAGGUGGCCGAUGUCCAGGGAUGGUUGCAAGGCAAGAUCACUGGGCGGAACAACCAGAAACUGCUCAUCCUGAAAGGACCUGCAGGCAGUGGAAAGACCACGACCCUGGCGUUGCUUGCGAAAGCGAUGGGUUUGCACCUAGUACCAUGGCACAAUCCUGUCGUGUCCGACUCCGGCGCCAACAGUUCCAUUGCACAUCAGUUUGACGAGUUUUUGAACCGUGGAGGCCAGUUCGGCAGCCUCGCUUUUGACCACGACUCCUUGAAUUCAACCUCCCCGGUCGCGGAACCUGGGCAUCGAGUGCUUGUGGUGGAAGAAUUCCCGGCGACGAUAUCGACGUACUCUGGCGCGCUUCAGUCAUUCAGGUCGGUCAUCCUACAGUUUCUAGCCCGAAGUAAGACGGUCGCCUCGACGUUCCCUUCCCAGCAUCAUUCUGAUGAAAGCGCUCCACCCCUUGUCAUGAUCAUUUCUGAGACGUUGCUGUCCUCCUCCACAGCCAUGAGCGACAGUUUCACAGCUCACAGACUCCUCGGUCCGGACAUCUUGAACCAUCCCUUCGUGACAGUGAUGGAUUUCAACCCUGUGGCAGCCACAUUUGUGACCAAGGCUCUCGAUCUAGUCAUGAAAAAGGAGGCCAGAGACUCUCGCCGACGCCGCAUGCCAGGUCCCGCGGUCAUGCAACGGCUGGCCGAGAUGGGCGAUGUCCGGAGCGCAGUCAACUCUCUGGAGUUUCUCUGUCUGAGAGGCGGCGAUGGCUCCGAAUGGUCCGGCACAAUCGCAGCCAAACCGAAGAAGACCGCAAAGGACAAAGACCGCAUACCGCUGACGGAAAUGGAGAAGAAUUCGCUCCAGCUCGUGACCCAGCGCGAGACCACUCUGGACAUGUUCCACGCAGCCGGCAAGAUCGUGUACAACAAGCGCGAAGACCCGCGAGUCCUGGACACCCGAGCAGAACCGCCACCCAAGCCGCCGGACCAUUUGAUGCAUUCGUACACGCCCAAGGCUUCCCAAGUCGAUAUCGAAGCCCUCCUCAAUGAGACGGGGACAGAUAUCCAGACUUUCAUCUCCACUCUACACCAGAACUACAUCCUUUCCUGCAACGGCGACAGCUUUGAGGAGUCAUUCGAUGGAUGUGCGGAUAUUCUCUCGACCACAGACAUCCUGAAUCCGGAGAGCCGACCAUCACGGCGUGCCACCUCGAAUCCGAAUGCUUCCCUCGUCCAAGCGAGCUUGCAGGCGGGCUCUUCGGAUACGCUGCGUCAGGAUGAAAUCAGCUUUCAUGUCGCGACGAGGGGGUUGCUGUUCAAUCUACCGUAUCCUGUCAAUCGAGCGAGUCCGCCGGGCGGCAAGAAGGGCGACGCGUUCAAGAUGUUCUAUCCAGCGAGUCUAAGACUGUGGAAACCUAGAGAGGAAAUGGAAAGUCUGAUUGACAUGUUUGUCCAUGGCUCUGGCUCCGUUUCUGGGUUUGGUUCUGGAUUUGGCAAUUCGUCAGCUUUGCCGACUGCUGCUGGUGCUGGCAAUGGUCGUGGUGGUGAUGGCGGCGUCGCGAGUUGGCAGAGCAGAGCCUUUGGGCCGACGUCUGCUCCAACAAUCAAGUCUGAACCAGGCCUCCAAGGGGACGAUAGCAACGACGACAGCGAAGAAAGUCUUGAUCCCCGACCUGUUCAUCGCCCCAAAGACACUCUGGUCUGUGAGAUGUUGCCGUACAUGACUCGCAUCUUGGGCGCUAGGAAGCAGCAUGACACUCCUGUCACGGCGAUCUCCACGACGACGACGAAUGUGCUGGAACGCAUCACGAGAUUCAAGCCAGGCGCGUUCCUCACGUCCGCUACUGGAGAAGAAGUGGAGGCGGAGGCGGACGCAGAACGACUAGACGCCGAUGAUCACGAUAACCUUGCGCACGCAGCUACCGGUUCAGCAUCCAAAAUUGGCACAAAUACGAUGACUGGCCCGACGAGGGCGAAUGCGACUACGAAUGCUACUUCAUAUACAUACGGGUCCGUCCCUUCUGUGGUCGCAGCAGGACCGAAUCGCGGUCGCGGGCCGUCUAUCAAUGCAAGCACCUCGACUACUCACGGAAAUCGAACCGGGAAUACGCAGGGACAAUUACAAGGACACGGAAAUGAACCUUCGACUUCGAUGACAGUGACUGUCGAAAAACUGUAUAUCUCAGACGACGAUAUCGAAGAUGAUUGA